AUGUCGACAACUGCUUAUCGAAGUACUCAUUCAUCAAGAUCAUUUACACAGAAGCAUAUUCAAACAUCAUCUACCAAUGCUAUUCUUCCUACGAUGACAAACGAUCGUACACGAUUUCAAUCACCAACAAAUAAUAUCCCUCCACCAGUACCACGUAUACGUGAAUCAUUAUCAACUAAUUCAAUAACAUCCACAAAAACGUCAUCAUCAAUAAGUCAAUCUCCAUCACUUCCAUUUCAAUCAUUUUCAUCGGUCAAUUCUUCAAAUAAAAACUCAACAAAUAAAAUCUCCAAACAACCAUAUACAUUUAGUAAUCCACCACGUGAACUUCAACGACAAUCUGUACAAAAUAUGAAAUAUUUACGUAGUAGUCAUUUACGUCAACGUGUUUCAUCAGCACCAGAUGAAAAUUCAUCUCAAAAUUCCCCACGUUCAGUUAUAAAUCAACAAAAACCAUCAUCAGCUAAUGAAUCAUCAACACCACGUUCACAUGAUGAUAAUCAUAUUCAACAAUUACCAAAAAAUCAUUUAUUAAAACGUGAUGAACAACAAAAAAGUUCAUUAAAUGCUUUAAUUAAAGAACAAGAACGAUCAAAAGUUCCUAAAGCCGUACAAAAACGACGAAUUAUUUUACUGUUUCGUCGUUUACCAUCCUCAACAUCACCAUUAAUAUCACCAAGACAGCUACAAAAUUCUUCACCAAUUAAACCAGAUAAAAUUUCAAAUGACAUUCAUCAACAAGAUAAAAAGGCUCAUGAUGAAAUUCAACGUUUUACAAAUAAUACAAGUGAAAAUUUUCUUAUUUAUUUUUACAAAAACUUUUCAAUUAUUUCUAUUUAUUUUAAAGCAUUUUCAUCAUCAGAUUCAUGUACUAAUGAUCCAUUUCAUGGUUUUGAUCAAGCUGAAAUAGCCGAUUCAAAACAAAUAGCUGCUAUACUUGCUAAUAUACAAUCAUCAGAUGAAUGGAUUCCUAAUACAGUCAAUGGUGGAAUUUCUCCACGACACCAACAAAAAACUUUUGAUCCAACAAAAUAUGAAUAUGUUACAAAAAAUUCUUUAGAUACAACAACAUUUAAACUUUCGCCACGUACAUUAAAACCUGAUGAAGAUUUAGCAGCUCGUUCACGUUUUUCACUAAAUUAUCGUUAUGAAAUGCUUUCAAGUGCUAAUGCACAAAUACCACCAUUAAUGGCUUCAAUUGUUACUGAAAAUAAUAAUAAUAUUGGAACUGGUACUGUUAGUGAAAAAACUUUUACAUUUAGAUUAAACCCAACAACUACAAUGAAGAAACAAAGUUCACUUGAUGAUAUUGAACCAAUGCCAUCAACUAUGGAUGGUGAACAAGUCCAAUUAUGUUUUGAUGAAAUACUUAAAUGCUUCUAUGAUCCAAAUACAGGCACAUAUUAUGAAUUGACGUCUGCAUAA